CACUGUCGUCUCUACCUACCAAGCUUGUCUGGAACUUGUGCAUCGCCUGAAACUACUGCGAAGAUGGUUGUGAAAGCUGUGUGUGUGCUGAAAGGAGCAGGCGAGACCACUGGGACCAUUUAUUUUGAGCAGGAGGUAAGGCGUGCAACGUUACCUUCAGCCGAGGAACUAUCUAACAGCGAUAAAGCGGCUGUGAAGCUGACUGGUGAAAUCAAAGGCCUCACUCCUGGAGAGCAUGGCUUCCAUGUCCAUGCUUUUGGAGACAAUACAAACGGGUGCAUUAGUGCGGGCCCUCACUUCAAUCCCCAUAGCAAGACUCACGCAGGCCCUAAUGAUGAAAUCAGGCAUGUUGGCGACUUGGGAAAUGUGACUGCUGGAGGAGAUAAUAUUGCCAAGAUAGACAUCACAGACAAGGUGAUCACCCUCACUGGCCAGCAUUCCAUCAUUGGCAGAACCAUGGUGAUCCACGAGAAAGCAGACGACCUGGGAAAAGGUGGCAACGAAGAGAGUCUAAAGACAGGCAACGCUGGUAGUCGUCUGGCGUGUGGAGUCAUUGGCAUCGCCCAGUAAACGUCUGGCACUAGAAACAACUUUUACCAAAAGCACUUACUGAGACAAACGUAGCUUCUCAAUGUGGCAGUUUGUCCUCUUCGACCCGCUGUGGCUUUUUAUAGAGUAGUUGAGCCUUGCAUUACCAUGUUUGUUCCUCAUGACAAUCUGUAUGUAUGGGUUUGUGUCUGCUGAUUAGUUUUGGUCCCAUUGACUUGGUAAUAAACUGAUCCAAACAUUGA